CUUUCCCCAGAAAAAGAGGUGGGAUGUAAUGUUGCACUUUCUUAAGCAGCUAAAAUCCCAGAAAUAAGUGCAAGAUGUGUAUCACCCUGAACAUUGUUGGGAAUGAAGAGUUUGCUAUAAAUUUGUCAUCUCUUUUUGUGAGCAAAGAUCAUUUGCUUUCCUUUGAGAGCUUGCUUUUGGUAUGUGUCAAGAGAGAGCAAAGAGAAGGAAAAGCCGAUCUGAGACCUUUUUAGGAGAAUGUCCAGUGCUGGUCCCUACUCCGCUCUGACACACUUGAUAUUGCCCCACUGAAUGUGCCAGUUCCCAUACUCAUGCAACGGUGGUCCCGUGCUCUUGUCUGAGCGUGGCAAAUUUGAAAAUGCCCCCCACCCAUUUUUUGAGCAUACUAUGUAUGUGAUGUUGAUGAGAGAUUCCCAACCUCUGACAAUCAUUCCCAGCUGUUUGGGCACUUGGAUGGUGCAGUCAGUGUCAGAAGGACACUUCUGCCAACUGUGAUUCCAGAAUUUGAGUUCUCAGAAAAAAAUAAAGUAGAAAGGAGAAAAUGUAAUCCCCACACUUACUCGUUUGGGCCUCAUUGAACUGCCUGAACAUCUCUUUUGGUGUUCAUCAGCACUCGUUAUAUGCACCUAGCUGACCAUGAUUUGAUCUGACCAUAAGCUGACCUAAGCAGGCCAGGUCUCCAUAAGGAUUAUACAUCUGGGCCAAGAAUCCAAUCGUUGGGCUAGAUCGUUUGUUUUUUUAGCUAUCCAUGAAGCCUACAAAAGUGCCCCAGUACUGACUUCAAAAAUAGGGUGAACUAACGCUUAAUGACUCAAAAUCAUGCACUUUUGUGCAUUGAUGAGUGAAUUUAUUCAAAAAGAUGGGCUGUUCAGUUCUGUUUUACAUGUCUGCAUGAAAUUUCCAGAUGAUGAUGGGAUGCUUCUUUUCAAAUAUGAGAUUGCUGUUGCCAUUGCUGUUGGGAAGCUGGUGCAUUUCUAUGCGAUCUCCUUUUUUCUUUGUUUAUGCCUAAUGCUUCCAGAGCUGACUCAUCAUGUGGUCUUCUGCGCUGGGUUUUCACCCCUCUUCAUUGUCUCCUUGGUCUAAAUCGUCAAAGUUAAUUAGAAUCUACAUUUUGGUGCUGUUAGUAUCAAGCAACUUCACUUCCGGCCAAAGAAGAUCCUGCAACCAUCAGAUUGACAACAGAAGUCCCGAGAUCGAUCCUUUCUGGUACAUGGGGCGUGGAGUUCGACCUAUUGGCAGGUUUGGGAAAAGGCAGCUGAAGUUCGGUAGGAACAGCCUGAUGUCUGGAAGCAGUGGCUUAGAUCUGAUAUUGACUGCUUUACGGGAGCAUGAAGCACUGGGAGGAGAGGAUGAUGGCUGGUGACUUUGCUCCUGCCUCCUUUACUUACCAGAAAGACACUUCCUUUUCUUUGUGUACCUUUGUACACACCUAUGCUGAUCUUACUUUUUCUUCUGCUUUUGCCUGGUUUUCCUUUGCUCCCCUUUAUGUGAAAAUCACAUGUGCUUAGGUCUGAAACUUUUGUGCCUGAUCUAAAAGGAUACCCCAAUUCUAAAUUGUAUAUAUUUUAGCAAGCCACAUUUGCUUCUUAAAUAUGUGGGUCCCAACCCAAAGAUUCUCAUGUACAACAAUGGUUUGCACAGGGAGAUUUGCAGGUAUGAUGCUUGCUGAAUAGAGGAGAAGCACGGGUCCAGUCUUGUUCAUCUCCCACUCCCUAAAGCAGGAGAACAUCAGUAUCAAAACCGGUUAGCAGAGCCAGGUGAUAAGAAAUGUGGAUCCAGGUCCAAGCCAGCAUUUGUCACAAUGAGCCCGUGGGCGCAGUGGAUUUUACUCAAAGCACUGCUCAUCUGCAUGUGUAGGACAUGGUGAUCAUUCAUGCGGAGUUGGGGGAACUGUUUGCUAUGAUAAAAGCUUAACCAAAACAUAUCAGUGCUUGAAAUCAGUUGUAUAAAAUCUUAUACGCUACGUUGUACUCUGCAAUAUUUUGGUGUGUUCUGACUGAACAUAUUGAUAAAGUAUUAUGUAUGUAAUGACCACUAUUAAAGUGUCCAGUGGUUA